AUGUCAAAGUUGAGGAAAACGUAAACAAAAUAUGUCGGGAAUAAUUAUUUUAUUAGAAUUAUCGCAAAGAAUUCGAGACGAGCAAAGAGAUAAUUUGAGAGUGCUCCGGCGCAGACUUCGCGACGACCAAAAUCCCUUUGAGAUUACAACAGACGAGCAUUUCAUUGAUUUAUAUCGGUUCCCUAAAGCUUUGUGCCUGGAAUUAAUUAAUGAAUGAAUGCCAUUUAUGCCGAACUCGCAACGGAGACAUGCUGUUCCGAGUCAUGUAAUUAUUUUAAGCGCCCUGCGUUUGUUUGCCACUGGUAGCUUUCAAAGAAGUGUGGGGCAAGACAGUUUAUCUGCUUUAUCCCAAACAUCAGUUAGCAGAUGUGUGCAAGUGGUGGCAACUGCACUUAAUAACAUAGCCCACAGACAUAUAAAGUUCCCAAAACGCGAAGACUUCCCGGCGCUCAAAAUAAAAUUCAUGGAAAAAUACCAAUUUCCUGGAAUAAUCGGACUCAUAGACGGAACGCACAUCAAAAUAUCAGCCCCGAAGAAAGAAAUUGAGCAUGUUUACUAUUGCCGAAAGGGUGGGCACUCCAAGAACGUUAUGAUAAUAUGUGAUGCUGAUUAUAUCGUUUUGUCUGCUAGCGCUCGGUUCGGAGGUACUGCUCAUGACUCAUAUGUAUGGCGUCGCUCUCGAGCUUGCAGAGCUCUGGAGGAGCUUUAUGAGGCGGGUGAGCGCGAUUUUUGGCUUCUGGGUGAUAGUGGCUACCCACUACAGCCUUGGCUGAUGACACCAAUUAGUGCGACAUCAUGUACCGCAGAAGAGCGCUACAAUAUAGCACACAAGUCAACUCGAGCUCUUGUAGAAAGAUGCAUUGGCUUACUAAAAAGCAGAUUUCGCUGUCUGUCGAAGGAAUGAGCCCUUUUCUACAGUCCACCAAAAGCAGGCCUCAUAAUCAACGCUUGCCUGGUUUUACACAACUACUUGAUUCGGGCUAGAGUGCCGUUCGAUGAAAUUUAUUUGGAAGACUCUGAUGAACCUGAAGAAUGUGGUGGCCCUUCUUCAGCUAUUUCAACACAUAAUAUAUUAUCCAUUGCGAAAAGACAACGAUUGCAAAUUGUUCAAAAUGCUUUUACUAAUAACAUUCAAAAUUAGAUUGAAAAUAAUUCAACUUUUUAUUUUACAUUCGUAUUUUUACUUAUUUACAUAUAUUAAUAAAU